AGUUUCAAGCUACUUUACACGAAGGUGCUCGUACACUUUGAUUCAAGUUUUGCAGGAUAACGCUUGAGACAUGGAGAACCCUUGGAUAUUGGGUACAGUGUUUAUCGUGACAUUUAUUCUUCAUCCUGAAAUCUUAACGGUAAGAGGAAGAGAAACUUCAACUCAGACGCCUUGUAUUGAGGACAGCAAAUUCUACAGAAAUCCGAAUACCCCGGCCCACAGCAUUUGGUCACUAACAGAAUGUGCCAAGUACUACUUGUGCUUAGACAAUGAGGUUUUCGACUUCAGAUGUUCCGAAGGCUUAUUAUUCGACGUAUCCCGACAAAUAUGUGACUUCAAACAUAACGUCGAUAACUGCGACGUGACUACAGAGGAAAAAUCACCAGAGCCACUCUUGGAAAAAGGCGAGUGCAAGGAACACAGUCUCGCUUGUGGAGACGGUACUUGUUUACCCAAAAACUAUUUUUGCGAUGGAAGUGUCGACUGUCCCGAUGGAUCCGAUGAAGAAUAUUGUGAUGGUAAAGUUGAUCCAAAUUCAGCUACUCUAUGUGAUCCUUGGAAAUGUAAACUACCGGACUGUUGGUGUUCCAAUGAUGGUAAAAAAAUACCAGGCAACCUAUCGAUCUCCGAUGUACCUCAAAUGAUAACUAUCACUUUCGACGAUGCGGUUAAUGCCGACAACUUUAAUCUCUACACGAAACUAUUUAGCAAUGAUCGAAAAAAUGCGAAUGGUUGUCCGAUCCGUGGAACUUUCUAUGUGAGCCAUCAGUACACGAAUUAUCGUGAUGUGCAAUAUUUGUGGAACGUUGGCCACGAAAUUGCCGCUCAUUCGGUCACACAUCGAGGUCCCAAAGAAUGGUGGUCAAAAAACGCCACCAUAGAAGACUGGUUCGACGAAAUGGUCGGCGUAGCAAACAUCAUCAACAAGUAUAGUGCCGUUCGUAUCGGAGAUAUCAAAGGUUUAAGAGUACCGUUUCUCCGAAUCGGCUGGAAUCGUCAAUUUUUGAUGAUGUCGGAGUUCGGUUUCAUUUACGAUUCUUCGAUCAUAGCGCCAUUUACGGAUCCUCCGAUAUGGCCAUAUACCCUCGACUACAGGCCUCCACACGAUUGCUCAUCUUCGGGACAAAAAUUUCCAACUAGAGCAUAUCCUGGUUUAUGGGAAAUUCCCAUCAACGAACUAACAGCCGGGGAGUUCACGUGCACAUCAGUAGAGGAUUGUACGCAGAAUAUGCCAGGCGAAGAAAUCUACAAGAUGUUGAUGUUGAAUUUUAAACGGCAUUACAUUACGAAUCGUGCACCAUUUGGUCUUCACCUUCACGCAGCUUGGUUUAAAACCUCCAACAAUCUUUAUGCUUUCACAAAAUUUCUGGACGAUGUCCUACGGCUACCCGACGUUUAUUUUGUCACGAGCUACCAAAUUCUUGAAUGGGUUAAAAAACCCACCGCUCUGAGAGACCUUGAUGGUUUUGAACCUUGGAAAUGUCGAAAACGACGUUAUGAACCUCAUGAAGUCGCUUGUGACCUGCCCAGCUCAUGCAGAUUGCCUUCUCGAGUUCUUAAGUCCUACAGAUUUUUGCAAACGUGUUUCGAAUGUCCCAAACAAUAUCCUUGGCUCAGGAACGAAUCUGGAGCUGAUUGAAUUCCCUUCGAAUAUUUCAGAGAGCACACUUACAUCUCUACCAGAAACAUCUCUACUAAAAUUCAUUUCUACCCAAAAAACAACUGCUGUAACAUUUCUACCACUAUAAAACACUACCCCGUAAUAACUCAGCACAUUUAUAUCUCCACCAAAAACAUCUCUACCAAAAUUCAAUACUACCAAUAACAUCUCCUUUGUAUUCGUUCAUUGCAGUCAACAAAAUAUUUUCAAAAUUUUCUUUCAGCGGUCUUUUAUCGUUUUAUAUACUGGCAAUUGUUGUGCCUGUACAUCGCACUCAUUAAAAUAAAUUAAGCACUCUCAGCACAAACGCAGAAAUGGCGAAAUAUCGAUGCUCCCGAACGAGCGCAUCGACCCUCGAUGUCAACAUCGAAACUUCCAGAAGGAA